GCGCGGGGGAAAGUUGAGUUCGGAGAAGUUGGAAGCGACGGGGGCGCGCCCCAAGGUGGGCACGGGGGAGUCGUCGGGAGCGCGCGAGGGCUCCAGAGAAGGGGGAGAGACCCCCAGACCCCUGCAGCACAAAGUCAAGAGGAAGCGGGUUAUGCCGCCGCCUUGUUGCCCUGAAAGCCGCAGCUACAGCGAGAAGGGCUAGGAUUUGGCCAUGAGCAGCGCCCCCCGGCGCCCCGCCUCGGGCGCAGAUUCCUUCCGCACUCCGGAGCCGGAGAGCCUGGGCCCCGUGACGCCUGGCUUCCCUGAGCAGGAGGAGGAUGAACUUCACCGCACCCUGGGCGUGGAGCGGUUUGAGGAGAUCCUACAGGAGGCCGGCUCUCGGGGAGGGGAGGAGCCGGGCCGAAGCUACGGGGAGGCAGACUUUGAAUACCACCGGCAGUCCUCCCACCACAUCCAUCACCCGCUGUCCACCCACCUGCCUCCCGACGCCAGGCGCCGAAAGGUACCCCAGGGCCCAGGACGGAAGCCGCGCAGGCGCCCUGGAGCCUCCCCGACCGGGGAGACCCCCACCAUUGAGGAGGGCGAGGAAGAGGAGGAUGAGGCCAGUGAGGCCGAGGGGGCCCGGGCACCCACCCAGCCGUCCCCUGCGUCCACACCCUCUUCCGUGCAGUUCUUUCUCCAGGAGGAUGAAGGUGCGGACCGGAAGGCGGAAACGACCAGUCCGUCUCCCCCUCCAAUGCUGCCCCACCACGAGGCAGCUCCCCAGGCCACCAAAGGGGCCCAGACCGGAGCCCUGGUGGAAGAGGUGGUGGCCGUGGGCAGUGUCACAGGGGGCGGCGAUGACGGGGGUGCCUCUGGGCGCCCCCCGGCCAAAGCGCAGCCUGGGCACCGCAGCUACAAUCUGCAGGAGAGGAGACGCAUCGGGAGCAUGACUGGGGCUGAGCAGGCACUGCUGCCCCGGGUCCCGACGGACGAGAGCGAGGCCCAGACGCUGGCCACGGCCGACCUAGACCUCAUGAAGAGUCACCGGUUUGAGGACGUUCCUGGGGUACGGCGACAUUUGGUGCGGAAGAACGCCAAAGCGUCUGUACAGAGUGGCCGGGAAGGGCGAGAGCCUGGCCCCACCCCUCGGGCCCGGCCCCGGGCCCCCCACAAGCCCCACGAGGUGUUUGUGGAACUGAAUGAGUUGCUGCUGGACAAAAACCAGGAGCCUCAGUGGCGGGAGACGGCGCGCUGGAUCAAAUUCGAGGAGGAUGUGGAGGAGGAGACGGAGCGCUGGGGGAAGCCCCACGUGGCCUCCCUCUCGUUCCGCAGCCUCCUGGAGCUGCGCCGGACCCUGGCCCACGGGGCUGUGCUCUUGGACCUGGACCAACAGACCCUGCCUGGCGUGGCCCACCAGGUGGUGGAGCAGAUGGUCAUCUCUGACCAGAUCAAGGCCGAGGACAGAGCCAACGUGCUGAGGGCCCUGCUGCUGAAACACAGCCACCCGAGUGACGAGAAGGACUUCUCCUUUCCCCGCAACAUCUCGGCCGGCUCCCUGGGCUCCCUGCUGGGCCAUCACCACGGCCAGGGGGCCGAGAGCGACCCCCACGUCACCGAGCCUCUCAUCGGAGGUGUUCCCGAGACCCGGCUGGAGGUGGAGCGAGAGGUGAGGGGAGAAAGUGACCCUGCCUGGGCCAGGUCCGGCCACCACCGCGGCUGCGGGACCACCGAGCGAGCCGGGCGGGGCCGGGGGCGGGGCCGGGGGCGGGGAACGGCCAGGCUGAGCUCUGCUCUCCUGCAUCCCCAGCGUGAGCUGCCUCCCGCAGCUCCUCCGGCGGGGAUCACCCGCUCCAAGUCCAAGCAUGAGCUGAAGCUUCUGGAGAAGAUCCCUGAGAACGCCGAGGCUACGGUGGUCCUUGUGGGCUGCGUGGAGUUCCUUUCCCGCCCCACCAUGGCCUUCGUGCGGCUGCGGGAGGCAGCGGAGCUGGACGCGGUGCUGGAGGUGCCGGUGCCCGUGCGCUUCCUCUUCCUGCUGCUGGGCCCGAGCAGCGCCAACAUGGACUACCACGAGAUCGGCCGCUCCAUCUCCACCCUCAUGUCCGACAAGGUCAGCCGCCGCCCGGCCGGGCCUCAUGCCCCAGAGCCCACCUGGGAUGCCCUCGCCCAGCCUGGCCCCAGGCCCCCCGGCCCUCGUCCCGUGUCCUCACGAGCCCCGGUCCCGCUUUGGCAGCAAUUCCACGAGGCAGCCUACCUGGCAGACGAGCGGGAGGACCUGCUGACGGCCAUCAACGCCUUCCUGGACUGCAGCGUGGUGCUGCCGCCCUCGGAGGUGCAGGGCGAGGAGCUGCUGCGAUCCGUGGCUCACUUCCAGCGCCAGAUGCUCAAGAAGCGAGAGGAGCAGGGCCGGCUGUUGCCCCCGGGGGCUGGGCUGGAGCCCAAGUCAGCCCAAGAUAAGGCGCUCCUGCAGAUGGUAGAGGCGGCAGGUGUGCUGGAAGACGAUCCCCUUCGGCGGACAGGCCGGCCUUUUGGGGGCUUGAUCCGAGACGUGCGGCGCCGCUAUCCCCACUACCUGAGCGACUUCCGAGACGCGCUCGACCCCCAGUGCCUGGCCGCCGUCAUCUUCAUCUACUUCGCGGCCCUGUCUCCUGCCAUCACCUUCGGGGGGCUGCUGGGAGAGAAGACGCAUGACCUGAUUGGAGUAUCGGAGCUGAUCAUGUCCACGGCAAUCCAGGGCGUGAUCUUCUGCCUGUUGGGGGCUCAGCCGCUGCUGGUGAUCGGCUUCUCGGGGCCCCUGCUGGUCUUCGAGGAAGCCUUCUUCUCGUUCUGCCGCAGCAACAGCCUGGAGUACCUGGUGGGCCGCGUGUGGAUCGGCUUCUGGCUGGUGCUGCUGGCCUUGCUCAUGGUGGCCCUGGAGGGGAGCUUCCUGGUACGCUUCGUCUCCCGCUUCACCCAGGAGAUCUUCGCCUUCCUCAUCUCCCUCAUCUUCAUCUACGAGACCUUCUACAAGCUGGUUAAGAUCUUCCAGGAACAUCCCCUCCACGGCUGUUCGGUCUCCAACAGCUCCGAGGCAGACAGUAGCGAGAACACCACGUGGGCUGGGGCAGGAGCGGGAGCCACGCUGGGGCCGAGGAAUGAGAGCUCAGCGGGGCCGUCCAGGCAGGGGAGGCCCCGGGGCCAGCCCAACACCGCCCUGUUGUCGCUGGUGCUCAUGGCUGGCACCUUCUUCAUCGCCUUCUUCCUGCGCAAGUUCAAGAACAGCCGGUUCUUCCCUGGCCGGGUGCGGCGAGUGAUCGGGGACUUUGGGGUACCCAUCGCCAUCCUCAUCAUGGUGCUUGUGGAUUACAGUAUCGAGGACACCUAUACCCAGAAGCUGAGCGUGCCCAGCGGAUUCUCGGUGACAGCCCCAGGGAAGCGGGGCUGGGUCAUCAACCCCCUGGGGGAGCGCAGCUCCUUCCCCGUGUGGAUGAUGGUCGCCAGCCUGCUGCCCGCCAUCUUGGUCUUCAUCCUUAUCUUCAUGGAGACACAGAUCACCACGCUGAUCAUCUCCAAGAAGGAGCGCAUGCUGCAGAAGGGCUCCGGCUUCCACCUGGACCUGCUGCUCAUCGUGGCCAUGGGCGGCAUCUGUGCCCUCUUUGGCUUGCCCUGGUUGGCUGCUGCCACCGUCCGCUCCGUCACGCAUGCCAACGCGCUUACUGUCAUGAGCAAGGCUGUGGCGCCCGGGGACAAGCCCAAGAUCCAGGAGGUCAAGGAGCAGCGGGUGACGGGGCUGCUGGUCGCCCUGCUUGUGGGCCUCUCCCUGGUCAUCGGGGAUCUGCUCCGGCAGAUCCCCCUGGCUGUGCUCUUCGGGAUCUUCCUGUACAUGGGAGUCACCUCCCUUAACGGGAUCCAGUUCUACGAGCGGCUGCACCUGCUGCUCAUGCCACCCAAACACCACCCAGACGUCACCUAUGUCAAGAAGGUUCGGACGCUCCGUAUGCACCUGUUCACAGCCCUGCAGCUGCUCUGCCUGGCCGUGCUCUGGGCCGUCAUGUCCACGGCUGCCUCCCUGGCCUUCCCCUUCAUCCUCAUCCUCACCGUGCCGCUCCGCAUGCUGGUGCUCAGCCGCGUCUUCACCGAGCGAGAGAUGAAAUGCCUGGACGCUAACGAGGCAGAGCCGGUAUUUGAUGAGCGGGAGGGUGUGGACGAGUACAACGAGAUGCCCAUGCCUGUGUAGCCGCUGCCGGGACGGACAGCCGAGGGACAGGUGGACAGAGGGACCGGGCUGGGGGUGCUCUCCCCGCCCUCCUCCCUCCUCGUUUUUAUUUAAGUGAAUAAUUUAAAGUCCCCUUACCAGCCCCCCCGCAAUAAAGUGCUUCGGCCCCCACCUAUCCCCGGCCGUGUGUGUGUGUGUGUG